CUGAAAACAAUUAUCGUUACAAGGAAACGGGGCGGCAAAAUAGAGAAAACAUGACUAAAGUUAUCGCUGUUUUCGGCGCAACAGGGGCGCAAGGAGGUGGAGUGGCCAAUGCCCUUCUGGAGGACACAGAUUUCGAAGUUCGAGUGGUGACUAGAAACGCCUCUAGCGACGAGGCCAGGGCACUUCAGGAGAGAGGUGCUGAUGUCGUUCAGGCCAAUUAUGAUGACCCCGGAACACUGGGACCGGCAAUGCAGGGCGCAUACGGAGCAUUUGUGGUGAUCAACUACUGGGAACAUCGAGACUUUCAUCGGGCAGUCAUGCAGGGUAAAGCGGUCGCGGAUGCAGCAAAAUCAGCCGACGUACAACACGUGGUGUUCAGCACCCUCGAACACGUCCAGAAGAUUGCCGGCUUCCCCUGUCAGCACUUCGACUCCAAAGCGCUGGUAGACGAGUACAUGACGUCACUCAACCUCCCAGUUACUUUCGUCAAGUACCCCUUCUUCUACGAGAACUAUCUCAAGGCUCGUAAGAUACUAAAACUGGAGGAUGGGACUUAUGAGAUCGGAUAUCCGAUGGAGGGCGCUUCACUGGACGGCGGCAGUGUCGCUGACCUGGGCUUCGCCAUCAGGGCGAUCUUCAAGAACAGGGGCCAAUGGCUGCGCCGGUCUGUGGGCUUCAGCGCGGACAAACUCACCAUCCAACAACACGCAGAGAUUCUGUCCAAGCACCUGGCGCCAAAGGUGUUUAAGGCGACCGAGAUGACCGCAGAGCAGUUCUGUAAGCUGGGCUUUCCUGGAGCUGAGGACCUCGGCAACGGGUUCAAGUUCUGCCGAAUCCACGCUUCUGCGCGUAGCGACGCUCAGAAGCGACGCUAACUCCUGUAACCCGCAGCAUACUGGGGCCACCUGAAGACCGGAGUUUUCAGUGGCGUCAAAAGAGCAGGACUAAACGUUUGGUCGCUGACUAAAUUUGCCGUGUAAUGAUCUUUGGCCUUCAUGUCGACAUUCUUUAUGCAGUGUAACUUAUCCUAUUACUUGCCACACAUACAAUAGACCAAUGCAAUAGAAUAUGAACUGUUAUAUUACAAAAGAGCCUAACAUUGUAUAGAUCACGUGACAAUCCUUAUUAGACACUGACUUUUAAAUUUUACGAGUGGUGAUCAUUUGAUAAAACCUACUAGUGGAGAAAACAUGUGGAAUGGUUACGUUAUUGUUCUUAUUCAUCUUAUUCACAGCAUGAACAGCAUAGACAGUCUACGCUUCUAUAGGACUAGCCAGGAUUGUGUAACGCAAGCCCUUUCUAGCACAAAUAAAGAAUAUGCCUGUCAUAAUACUCAA